AUGAGCACCCCCACCGCCAUUUCUACCACCCCCAACUCCGACGGCGGCCUGGCCUGGCUCACGAGCCGCGCGCACAACGACAUCAUCUACGAGGCCUUCAUGCACACCGUCGCGGCCCUCUCCCGCCUGCGCCCCAACGUGGUCCGCGAGCUCAUCAUGUCUGUCCCCCACGACCGGGAGCACAUCCGCGCGGCCAUCAUGAGCGUGUACCUCUCGCGCGGCCCGCGCACGCAGGAGGCCAUUGUACCGGCAUCCUGCUGGCGAGGCGAGGUCCUCUCGACACUCGCCCGCAUCCACGAAGAAGAACCAAACGAUGCAUUCCCAAGGAUACCAAUAGCGUCCAUUCUCGACACUUUUUAA